UUGUUGUGGUUGCGGUCCCAAAAUAGAUCAAGCAGGUCACAUGAAUCUCCCCGCCUGAGGUCCCCUUUCGCAUCGCCUAGCAUGUCGUCUAUUUCAGAACAUCCGACACCGCCCAAAACUACUGCGAACAGGACGAGCACGACGAUGACGGUAGCUUCGAUACUGCCUACCCCUCCUAACAGUCCGCUUCCUUCAGCUGGCAAGCCACUCGCCAUCCCCGUUUCAUCCGCUGCGACCUUGCCGACUAUACCGUCUUCACAAAUCGUUGAGGUUGCUCAAGCCUCAUCUCAGCCAAGAUCUCCACCAGCAGCAAAUGCGACAUCGACCACGAAUAUCAUAUCAACGCAACAAACCACUGCCACUAAACUUCCGGCAGCAGAGAAACCCCCACCACGCACCCUCGCCGCACUCAAGAGGGACCUGCACAUCGAUGGCUGGCAAUGCGGCGCCCAGACGCUCAGGGGGACAGAAUGCAAGCGCUUUGUCAUAGACGACAGGAAGGACCUCAUCGACGCGCAGCUUGCGUCCAUGACGGGCCUGACGCGUGCCUCUCCGAACUUUGAAUCCGCUGUGCUUAUGCUAGUCAUGCUGGUGCACUGCUACCAGCACGAUGCAGGUCGUCCAAAGGAGCACCGACUUGAGACGUGGAGGCUUUUAUUUCCACCCGGUAGCGCUGAGAGCAGCGUGCCUGAACUUGCUAUUGAGCGGCUUAUCAGGAAGGCUCUCAAGCCGUUAAGUACCGAAUGCAUCGCCCAUGGCAACGGAGGAGCGUGCGAAAGGAGGAUUAGUGGAUGGAAAAUGCAGAAUUGCGAGAGAACAAUUCAAGAGCUCAUCAGGCAAGAAAUAUAUUCCGACGACGCCAAGCUCGGAUUCUUACUCAAGGUGCUAGAGUGGAAUAGAACUUGCAAUAUCCAUCAAAGCUCGGAACAAUUCAUAUGGGUCGUGGCGUGGAAGAAGAAUAUCAUGGCAGUACUGCCCUCGCCAAUAGCUCGCAGCAAUCAGACCCUUGUCAGCAAGGCACCGAACGAGCCUCAAACCUCUUCAAGGGCUGAACCAGGUCCUCUUAUCGUCACGAAUUCGUUGACGGGCAAGAGGAUCGUCCCUGUUGCCCAAGUCUUGCCGGAUCUACGAGUCCCACCAGGCCCCACUAUUAGCCCAGGCGUCGAUCCGGCAUUGUACUGGCCAAAAGCCUAUGACUCGAGCCGCUUCAACAUUCUCCCGCAUGCCAACCAAGACGCAAGCCCUACGCGUUCACAUAAGUUGAUCCGCGCCGAGAUCAGCAGACUACUAGAUGCUCGAGACCUUCGGGACGGGUAUGUUUACUCCUACGAAGUUGAGGGUAACGAAGGCUACGUCAAGGUCGGGUAUACCACGCGCCCCUUGAAGGAGCGACAUGACGAGUGGUCAUUCGACUGCAACAGACAGAUGAAGCCGUUAUACCCUUCCCCUAAUCAAGCAGCUACUGCCCUUUCCAUUGCAGAAGGAGCCGCGGUGGCGCCGGCCGUGCUCAUUCCGCACGCGCGUCGCGUCGAGGCUCUGUGCCAUGCCGAGCUCGAUCACCGUCGCGUUAGGAUCUACUGCAACGCGUGCUUAAAGCAGCAUAUCGAGUGGUUCGAAGUAUCGGCUAUAGAGGUCACGGCCGUCAUUCAGAAGUGGUCAAGGUGGAUGUCCACGCAGCCGUAUGAGCUGCUGCAGCUAAGGAACAAGUCCAAGUGGACUAUCAAGGCGAGUGAAUUGCAACGGACGUCGAAAUUCGAGCAGUUCAUGCGAGAGAUUGCGAUAGUACCCGCCUCAUCGUAG